AUGAGGCCGGUGCUGGUGGUUCUGCUCCUGGCUGCGCUGUGCGCCGACGUGGCCUGGGCCCUGCACUGCCACGUGUGCUGCGGCCACGCCAACUGUGAGUCCCUGGUGGAGUGUGCCCAGACGGACAAGUACUGUGUGAUCACGCGGGCCACCAACCCCGGCGGCAUCCUGGUGAUGAAGUCGUGCGCCCCGACCUGCCCCAACAGCACCGUGUCCUCGGACGGCCGCGCCCUCUCCGUGUCCUGCUGCCAGGGCAGCCAGUGCAACCGCAACGGGGCCGGGGGCCUGGCGGGCGCCCUGUGGGCCAGCGCCUCGGGCAGCCUGCUGUGGGCGCUGCUCUGGGCCGCCUGGUGA